AGAGGAGGCAGGGCAGCAGAGAGGGACUUGGCGCAACACACUCACCUUACUGAGGGUGCGCUAUGAUGACAUCAGAGCUAAGUACAAUGUUCUCCUGAGAAAGAGUCAGAUGGAUCUGGACAUAGCGCCUCUAAAGGCCAAGCUGUCAUGUCUGGUGGUGAAGUGCCAGCAGAGGAACAGUCUACUGGUGCAGUUGAUGCGAGCCCUGCGUCGGUAUGGCUGCCUGGACUACAAUCUGACCCAGGAGGCUGAGGACCUGCUUAAUGACACAGCACUGCAGGACUACGCCAGCACCUUCACACCCCCAUCCACUGCAGCUCUGCAGGAGAACACCCACCUUCUCCCACCUGCAGCCUCAGAACGAUCGGAGCGCUCACAGACCUCUAUUGCAGCCUCCACAGCACAGGAGCUGAGUAAAGCUGUGUCUGAAGGCAGUAGGAGGGAACCCUUCAGAGUGUGUGUGGCCACAGCAGACUACUGCCCCUCUCCGAACAUGCCUCACACUCUACUGCCAAUGCUUCCCCUUUCUGCGGGUGAAUCAGUCCAAGUCACUGGACUCCCAGACAGACAUGGGAUGUACCAUGCCGAGGUGAAAGGGGAGUCUGGCCUGGUCCCUGCCCGUUUCUUAGAGGAGAAUGGGAGACCACUCAUCCUGACUUCCCCCUCGCCAGAGAGAUGUGCCAGUCUGACUAGGAAGCUGACCAGUCCAGGGAAGAUCAUCAACCUUCACCAGCAGUUGCAGAACACUCUUUCCAACAGCUACCAGGUUUUCCCUUCCAAGACCAGCCCCCAGGUUUACUCCAUUCCCCCUCCAGGACAGGGGUACUCCYCAGGAUACCACAACCCUGCUGCCCCCAACCGACCCAAGCAUACCCUUGUAGCAACUACCCCUAUUAUUACUACUACUAGUCUCCUAUCUCCCACUGCCCCCACUAAAACUACCAGUGAUGGUGCUACCUCUCCUAAGCAGACCCCAAACAGAGCACAUCCAACUACCAACCCUCCUGUCCACACCACCACCACCACUACUGCCCUUAGCAGUGGUAAAGAACCCCUCUCUAAAACUGGCUCUACUGCUGCUACCUCCAAUGUUACAACCCCUGUUAAUACCCCUCCUACCGCUGUGGCUCAGACUGUUAAUAAAGCACAAACUAUCUGCCCCUAUCUGCCCCUCCAAUCUGCCCCUCCAACUAUUACCGCUGGAACUACAGCCCCCACCAAAWUGGCCCCCUUCACUACUGCUCUUCCCCUUGCUGAGUUGUCACGACUACCUGAUGAGAACCAGUGUAUCAAGAAGCCCCUCUCCAACCUCCAACCUGAACAAGCUAAACCAACCAAACCCAGAGCUAUACCAGAACCUCCAGCUGAGGUGGGCUCUGUUGAGGUCAUCAGGACGGUGGGACAGAGCAGCCUCAUGAUUGGUUGGGAGAGACCGCCACUGGAUGAGCUGGGCUGCAGCAACGGAACCUUUGUGUAUGGAUACAUGAUCUAUGUAGAAGGGGAGUUCCACAAGUCUGUCAUGAGCUCUGCAUGCACCAAGUGUAUUCUGGAGAACCUGGAUCUGUCCGGUCCGGUCCACAUCAGUGUUCAGACCCUGGGCUCCAACGGUCUCUAUGCGGAGAAGGUCCACCUCAUCUACAGGGGAAAACACACCCAGUUUAGGACAGACCACACCCGUCUCAACACAGCUUCUGCUGCUCCCUGCACAGACCCUGCCUACCUAGACUGCAGGACUCCGCCCACACACCGACACAGUGGCUCCACCCAACCAUUUGUGGCAAUCUACAACUACAACCCUCUGAAGGACAGUCCUAACCUCCACCCCAGCAGAGAGCUGGCCCUGAGAGAGGGAGACACCGUCAUGCUGCUAGGCAACCCACGCAACGACGGCUUCUGUCAGGCCGAGGUGAAUGGCAGACGAGGUCUGGCUCCUGUGGCGUUACUAGAGGAAGUUUCUGUUCCAGACAGACAUGUAAGCCCCGCCCCUCCCCAAUCUUCUCCUGAGAGAGGAGCAGAUGAUAGGCCACUGCGCCUGCCAAUCAAGGAGAGAACAAGAUGGGCCGCUUUGACUGUCAAUCAGUGAGAGAACAAGAUGAUGGGCCACUGUGGCUGCCAAUCAAAAAAUGCUUACCUACAGAGAGAUUAUAGUGGCCAGAGUUAAUGACAUCGUCAAACACUGCCUGCCUGUGACACAAACGUUCAUAAGCGCUCGCUGCCCAAAGUAAUUUGAAAUGGAAGUCUACAGUUGAGCACCAUCCUAAAUGUGGGAAGUUGUGUGGCCCAGUUUGACAUUGUGCUCCGAUAGACAGUUCCUUAUAGCCUACAUAAUACUCACUGAGAUUGUGUCGAAUCACCUCUAACUGUCACCUCUAUCAAAAUUCUCUCUAAUCACCUCUAUCAAAAUCCCCACUGUUCUGUGUGUAAUCUCUCGUGGACAGACGCACGUAACAUAGCUGGUAUUGUAGUGUCUGUCAACAGACUGUGGGAUGCGAUGACUAUCAAGGAACUUGAUCAGUGAUUWWWAAUCACUGAUCAUUUUGGACAAAUCACGAUUUCGCAUCUUUCAAAUUUCGGAAGGGGAGGGGACAUUUGGCCCAUAGACUUGCCUGUAACUUGCAAAGGGGGGUGGAGCUACUGCCCUGCUUCCGCUGCUUGCUCUUGUCUCUUUUCAAACACAUCUUCCCCCAGAAAAUAAUUGAGUAUCUAACGCAAUUACGCAAGAUUGUAAUUCUGGGUUUCCAAGAUUAUUCUGUAUGUGACAAGUGUCAAAAAGGUCAAAGGUUGGCCUAAUGGAUCUGACAACCUGUCUGACAACCUGUCUGACAUCAAGUGCGUUCAUGGUAAUAAAGCUAGGCCAUUUUACUGGAUCUUUUAUCAAGCCAAAUAGGAUAAAAGGAGGUCCAUACCAAAGACUUGGAUAUUUCAGUUCUUUGUCGUUAUACACUGAACAAAAAUAUGAAUGCAAAAUGUAAAGUGUUGGUCCCAUGUUUCAUGAGUUGAAAUGAAAGAUC